CGUAGCAACAGCAGAGCUCUCCCAGCUUCACUGUCUGCAUCUGAAAUCCGGAACAAAAACAGUUAAUCUUAUGCUGAUUUUCUACGUUUAUUUGACAGAUUUAAUCUGAGACCCGUAGCUGGAAAUAAGUGACUGCCAUGAAAAAUAUUCAAGAACUUUAAGGAUCAAGUGUUCGGAAGCUAUCCUCAGUAAUGAAGCAGGUGUGAAAGAUAACUUCCCUUUGCCAGGUAAAAUGAUGACUACAAAAUCAGCAGUUCCCAUGUUAGUGUGCUUUCUUCAACUCUGCGUUGUAAAUGGGCAGGUAAUAUGUGAGAGGCAAAUGACAGCUGAAUGGAGAGUGGAACCAAAACCUACUGUAAUCAAAUGGACACCAAGGGCAAAUGUCUGCUCAGACUUUUACACCGAAUGCUGGAAUAUGAAUAAAAGUAUUACUGGGGAAAUCUUGGGAGGACAAAACCUCAGUAUCCCUCAGAUAUGCCCCUUACAGCUUCAAUUAGGUGAUAGUCUCUUCAUCGCUUCUGAGCCAUCCUUUCAGUCCUAUGGAAUGAAUUUGGUAAACGUCUCCAAGGAAGAAUUUAUUAACUGCCCUAAAGCUGCUUUUCUUCAAGAACAGUUGAUUUUUGUUUGCCAGAUAAGAGGACUGCACCAAGUUGACCCUAACUGGCUUGGUGUUGGAACUCAUUACUUUGCAGAACUUCAUAAGAGAGGCCCCCUAUUGUGCAAUAUGGGCCUUCGUCUGAACGUAACUGUGAAGCAGCAGUUUUGCCAACAGUCUCCAAAUGCACCAUUCUGCUCUGGGCAUGGAAAAUGUCUAAGCCAUGUUUGGGAAAAAGCGUAUAACUGUCAUUGUUUCUCACACUAUUCUGGAACAUUCUGCCAGAAGUUUGAUAUAUGCUCCACCAAACCUUGCCACAACAACGCCUCCUGCACUGAGAAAUCAGAAUUUUCUGCAGAUUCUUACGAGUGCACAUGUUCUCCAAAAUUUUCAGGUAAAAAUUGUACAGAAAUAGUUGGACAGUGCCAGCCAUCUACGUGUUUCAAUGGCAACUGCGUCAAUGUUACUCCAAAUACUUUUCUUUGUAACUGUGACAAGGGCUUUACAGGUUCAUUUUGUGAGAAACCUGGUGAUCUUUGUGAAUCUCAGCCAUGCCUAAAUGAAGGCAUAUGCCAGUAUAAUCGGUCUGGAUAUGUUUGUGUUUGCCCUUCUGGAUUUCUUGGCCACAACUGUGAAAUUGAUAUCAAUGAAUGCUCUUCAAGGCCAUGUCAGAACGGAGGCACAUGUAUUGAUUUGCCAAAUGAUGUGGCAUGUAUCUGUCUGCCCAUAUUUACUGGCAAGUUCUGUGAGAGAAUACUGAACCCGUGUGAAUUAUUGCCUUGUUUAAAUAAUGCAACUUGCAUAGCUCAACAGCAGAACUACAACUGCCGCUGCGUGCCAGGAUUCACUGGAAAGAACUGUGAGGAAGUAAUUGACUACUGCGGCCUGCUCAGCAUCAACUGUCUGAAUGAAGGAUUGUGUCUUAAUAUAAUUGGAGGAUUCACUUGCCUCUGUGCACCUGGAUGGACAGGAGAAUUUUGCCAAUUUGCUGAAAAUGCAUGUUUAGUUUACCCAAAUAGUUGUUCUGAUGGAGCAACUUGCAUGGAUAUGAGCCAACGGAGAGAACAACCUUUGUUUCAGUGUUUGUGUCCUCGUGAUUUCACAGGAGAAUUCUGUGAGGUGCAAAUUGAUAAAUGUGGUUCCAAUUUAUGUGAAAAUGGAGGAACAUGUAUUGCCUAUGAAGAUCAUUUUCAGUGCACUUGCCCUGUAGGUUUUGAAGGUGAAAGAUGUGAACUCGAUAUUGAUGCCUGCCUUUUCAACAAUAUAAGCUGUGCCCCAGGAGCACUGUGUAUGGAUAAAUCUCAUGGAUUUAAUUACACAUGUUUAUCACCAUGUAUUGGAAACACAGAGGUAUGUGCAAAUGGAGGUAGUUGCUUCUACGAUGAAGAAAACCAGAGACCUCACUGUGUCUGUGUUCUUGGAUGGACAGGAAAAACAUGCCUAGAGAAUAUUAAUGAGUGUGAGGUAAACCAGUGCCAACAUGGAGCCACAUGUGAAGAUGGAAUUAAUAAAUACAGGUGCAUAUGUCCCCUUGGCUACACUGGCACAUAUUGUGAACUUGAUAUAGACAAUUGCAUUGGAAAUCAGUGCUCUGAAUACGGAUUCUGCCAGGACCACUUGCAUAAUUACAGCUGUAAUUGUGUGCCCGGAUAUGAAGGUCCCUUCUGUGAAGUUGAAAUUAAUGAAUGCUUAAGUUCACCUUGCAAAAACGGAGCUACUUGUAUGGAUUUAAGUGGCCACUUUUCUUGUCAUUGUACUGCUGGGUUCAAAGGAGAAACAUGUUCUGUUCAUGUGAAUGAAUGUCUAGACAGACCCUGUUGGAAUGGAGGAACCUGUGAAGAGGACAUAAGGGGCUUCAAAUGCAAUUGUCCAUUUGGUUUUUCAGGUCGAUACUGUGAAACAGAAAUGAACGAGUGUGAUUCUGCUCCCUGCUUGAAUGGUGCUGUCUGUCAGAAUGAUGUCAACAGCUAUGAUUGUUUUUGCCCGGAAGGAUUUGAAGGUCUGAACUGUGAAAUCAACUUUGAUGAGUGCACUUUUGGCUUCUGUAAAAGCAAUUCAACUUGUUUAGAUCUAGUUGCAGACUACAUAUGUGCUUGUCCUCCAGGAUUCACUGACAAAAAUUGUUCCACAAAUAUUGAUGAAUGUUCCCUCAAGCCCUGCAAAAACGGAGGCCAUUGCCAUGAUUUGAUUGGUGAAUUUUACUGUAGCUGUUUGCCAGGUUUUACUGGUCAAUUCUGUGAAGCAGAUGCUGCUGCCUGCCUAUCACAGCCAUGUGGAGCCUCCAGCAUCUGUAAAGAGACAUUGGAUGGCUAUCUUUGUUUCUGUGCACCUGGCUUUAUAGGUCAUAACUGCGAGAUUGAAGUGGAUGAGUGUCUUAGUGGCCCUUGUCACAAUGGAGCUACUUGUGUUGAUCAUCUGAAUGCCUUCAGUUGCAUCUGUCAGGAUGGAUUUGAAGGUACAACUUGUGAAGCAAAUAUAAAUGAAUGCCACUCUUCUCCAUGUUUUCAUAAUGCAUCAUGUGCAGACCUUAUCGGUGGCUAUGAAUGCAUCUGUCUACCUGGCUUUACUGGUGCAAGAUGUGAAACAGAUAUAGAUGAGUGUGCUUCAUUUCCCUGCAAGAAUGGAGCCACCUGCAUUGACCAGCCUGGUAAUUAUUUCUGCCAAUGUGUGGCUCCGUUUAAAGGUUUGAACUGUGAGUUUAGGCCUUGUGAGGCCAGCAAUCCCUGUGAGAAUGGAGCUGUGUGCAUAGAAGAAAUGAAUCUGGACGUUUUUCCCCUUGGAUUCCACUGCCAGUGUGUGAAGGGCUUUGCAGGUCCACGUUGUGAGAUCAAUGUCAAUGAGUGCAGUUCUAACCCUUGCCUCCACGGAUACUGCUAUGACAUUGUCAAUGGCUUUUAUUGUUUGUGCAACCCAGGAUAUGCAGGACUGAAAUGCGACCAAGACAUUGAUGACUGCAUAGUCAAUGCUUGUGAACACAAUUCUACAUGUGUUGAUCUACAUCUGAGAUACCAAUGUGAUUGCUUGCCCGGAUGGGAAGGAACAUUUUGUGAAAAGGAAUCAAAUGAAUGUAAUUCAGAGCCUUGUAAAAACAAUGGCACUUGCAUGGAUCUUUUCAACAGCUAUCGAUGCACAUGUACAGCAGGGUGGACAGGACCAGACUGCAGUGAAGAUAUAAAUGAAUGUGAAUCUGAACCAUGCUUGAAUGGAGCCACCUGUUAUGAGUCUGUGAAGCCGGGGCAGUUUAUAUGCAUUUGUCCUCCAUUUUAUACUGGUGAUUUCUGCCACCAGCGCUUCAGUCCUUGUGAGCUGCCUUACAAUCCAUGUAUCAACAAUUCAACCUGUUUGGCACAAGUGGAUGGAAAUCCAAUGUGCAUUUGCAAAACAGGAUUUGAGGGUACUUACUGUGAAGUUAACAGUGAUGAGUGCAUCUCCCAUCCGUGCCAAAAUGAAGGUCUCUGUGUGGAUGGGAUCAAUAACUACAGAUGCUCCUGCCAACAUGGUUUUACUGGGACCCUGUGUGAAGUGGAAAUCAAUGAAUGCUUAUCAAGACCCUGCAAAAACAAUGGAACUUGCCUGGAUCUUGUUAACAGAUUCAUCUGUAACUGUGCACCUGGAUACUAUGGGUCUUUGUGUGAGAUGGAUGUAAAUGAGUGUGAAACUUUGCCUUGUUUGCAUGGAGGAAGCUGCAUCAACAGGCUUGGAGGCUAUCUGUGUUUCUGUCUACCUGGAUUCACAGGUGAUAGAUGUGAAGUAAAUAUAGAUGAAUGUAUGUCUUCUCCUUGCCUCAACAAUGGAAGUUGCAUUGAUGGCAUCAGUUCCUAUAGGUGUCACUGUAAGAGAGGUUUCACUGGACAAAACUGUGAGAUAAAUGUUAAUGAAUGCUUGCCAGAUCCUUGUCUUCAUGGAAGAUGUAUAGAUCUCAUUGAUGGGUAUCAAUGCUCUUGCGAAGCAGGAUGGACCAGCUCAAGAUGUGAGAUAAAUAUUAAUGAAUGCGAAUCUACUCCCUGCAUUAACGGAGGUUCUUGUCAAGAUGCAGUCAAUGCCUUUGUUUGUACUUGCCUGAGUGGGUACACUGGCAGGUUUUGUGAAGUCGAUGUUGAUGUUUGCAAUGAGCCUACACUAAACUCAGUUCUGUGUUACAAUGGAGGUGUAUGUGUUGAUGGACCUGGAAGAACUUUUCAUUGCAGGUGUCUUGCUGGAUUUUCUGGACAGUUUUGUGAAAUAGAAGUUAAUGAGUGUAAUUCAUCACCUUGUCUUCAUGGCUCAACCUGUGAAGAUCACAUCAAUGGAUACACUUGUAAAUGUACACAAGGAUGGGAAGGCCUCCAUUGUGAGUUGGAUGUUGAUGAGUGCAUAUCCAACCCCUGCAUACAUGGUAUCUGUGUUCAGAAGGAACCUAGCUUUGGUUAUUCCUGUUUUUGCAAGCCAGGAUUUGUGGGACGAAGCUGUGAGCUUAAUUAUAAUGAUUGCCUUAUACAGUCCUGCUCCACUGGGUUUAUUUGUGUUGAUGGAAUAAACAAUAUCACCUGUUUACCUACUAUGCCCCAAAGCAAGAAAACUGUCACUGAAGUGGCCAGAGUGUUUCCUUCUGAAAUUUUAGACAAUGACCUUCCAUCAGCCCUGGCUGUGUCCAUGGAACUUUGGUCUAAACAUGUUUCUCCUGAUUUUCAUACAGGAGAGGUGUCCCAAGAUUUUAGUUAUGCUCGCUAUUAUGGCAAUUCUUACCUGGAAUUUCAAGGCUUACAUUUGAACAUACAAAACUUCAUCCAUCUGCAGUUCAAGACCUCUAAUCCUCAUGGACUCCUCCUAAAUAUUGAACACAGCCCAGAAACAACACAUUUUUUAAUUCGACUUUUCAUCAAUAAUGGUAUCUUACAGUACCAGUUUCUAUGUGAUGCGGCAGCAGAAGUCAAAAACAUCACUACCACUGCUAGAGUGGAUGAUGGACACCAGUAUAAUGUGCAAAUUAGGCAAAGCAUGGUACCAUGUGAAGCAGAACUGUCAAUCCUGAAGUUAUCUUCAAAUACAAGUAUAACUAGGAAGUUCUGGUCCGAUUCACAUUGGCUUAAAACAGGACCCAUAUUUGUUGGUGGUUUGCCUCAUCGUUACACAACAAAACAGAUUUCCGGACCUGUCUACAAUUUCACUGGCUGUAUACAAGUUAUAGAAAUCAAUAAUGUGGGACCUUUCACAUUCUCUGAUGCUGUGGAAAGAAAUAAUGUUGACGAUUGCAGAAUUCCUGUGCCCACAAAUCUCUCAACAGCAUUCCCUGUGGUUUCUUCUGAUGUGCCUCAGUUGCCUGAACCUGUUGUGCCCUCUCAGAUUUCCUCUGAAUUGCCAUCUGUAUGCCAGGAAGGACUGUGCCAUAAUGGAGGGACUUGUCAUCCUCUCUCUCUGCCUACUGGGGCCACCUCGUUCCAGUGUGACUGCCCACUACACUUCACUGGUCGAUUUUGUGAAAAAGACACAACGCUGUUUUUUCCAUCCUUCACUGGAAAUUCUUAUUUAGAGCUACCUUCUCUGACAUCUGUAUCUGAGACCAGGACUGCAUCUGGGCAGGAAACAAGCAAUCUGACGACUCUGUACUUGACAGUGAAAACAACUUCUCUAAAUGGCACAAUCCUUUACACUAGUGAAAGGAAUUUUGGAGAACAGUUUCUUCACUUGUAUCUUGUGGAAGGAAAACCAACCGUUCGAUUCAGCUGUGGAAACUCUCAGAACAUUCUGACUGUAUCCAUCAACCAGUCUGUUAGCAAGGGUAUACUCGUCCCUAUCACAGUAAGCUACAUGUUGCCUGUGAGCAGUCCUGAAGGUUACUGUCUGAUUGAAAUGGCUGCAGAUGGAAAUCCUCCUGUACAGCACAGACUCUCUUUCUCACCUCAAGCAUCUCAGAUCACCUUUGGAUCAAUCUUCCUUGGAAAUGUUCCUGUUCAUGAAGAGGUUCAUCGAUGUGCUGGGCCGAUACAUGGCUAUAAAGGAUGCAUUAGGGAUUUUCAGGUUAACCACAAAGAGUUGUUCAUCAUAGAUGAGGCUCUUGGAGGGAGGAAUGUUGAGAACUGCAAUGUUCCAAUAUGUGAUUAUCAUCCAUGUCACAAUGGUGGAACCUGCACUAGUGAUGCAGAAAAUUGGUACUGUGAAUGCCCUAAACUCUACACAGGAAAACUUUGCCAGUUUGUGACUUGUGAUGAAAAUCCAUGUGGAAAUGGUGCUACGUGUUUUCCAAAGUCCAAUCGAGAUGCUGUUUGCUUGUGUCCAUAUGGAAGGUCUGGCAUCCUCUGCAGUGAAGCUAUUAAUAUUACUCAACCAAGUUUCAGUGGCACAGAUGUCUUCGGCUAUACCUCAUUCCUAGCUUAUUCUACAAUCCCAAAUAUCACCUUCUACUAUGAAUUUCGCUUGAAAUUUCAGUUGGCAAACCACGACUCAGCUUUACAAGAUAACCUGAUUUUUUUCACUGGACAGAAGGGCCAAGGUCUGAAUGGAGAUGAUUUCUUGGAGUUAGGCCUCCGUAAUGGGAGAGUGGUAUAUAGCUACAAUCUAGGUUCUGGCACAGCAACGAUCAUCAGCAAGGCACUUGAUCUGACACUCCAUAUUCAUGUCAUCCAUCUUGGCAGAAAUCUCCAAAAAGGCUGGCUGAAGGUGGAUGAUCAGAAGAAUAAAACUGUCACUUCUCCUGGGAGGCUGGUUGGACUCAAUGUCUUCAGUCAGUUUUAUUUAGGAGGUUAUCGCGAGUAUACUCCAGAACUCCUACCAAAGGGACCCAGAUUUAAGAAUGGCUUUCAAGGUUGCAUUUUUGAUGUUCAAGUUCGUACAAGCAUCAAUCAAGGGUUUAAAUCACCAGGCACUCCAGAAGGACACCCCAAUUCUGGUCGCAAUGUUGGACAAUGUAAAGAUUCCCCAUGCAGUUUAAUAAAAUGCAGAAAUGGUGGGAAGUGCAUAGAAAGGGGCUCUACUGUUUACUGUGACUGCCUCACUGGAUGGAAAGGUGCAUUUUGCACAGAAAUAGUGUCAGUAUGUGAACCUGAGCAUGAUCCUCCACAUCUGUGUAGGCAAGGUGGUACCUGUGUGCCACUGCCUAAUGGUUACACAUGUCACUGUCCUCUUGGAACAACUGGUACCUACUGUGAACAAGGUAUUUCCAUUAGUGAUCCAUCUUUCAGAAGUAAUGAAUCAUCAUGGAUGUCAUUUGCACCCUUUUAUAUUCGCCAUAAGACCCAUAUCAAACUACAGUUUCAGACUCUAUCUCCAGAUGGUAUCCUGUUUUACACUGCACAGCAGUUGGGUACUCAGUCAGGUGACUUUCUAUGUAUAUCAUUAGUAAACGGAUUUACACAGUUACGCUACAAUCUCGGAGACAAGACAGUCAUCCUACAGGCCCUUCAGAAGGUCCGUGCAAAUGGUAAUACAUGGCACUUACUCAAAGCAGGAAGAGUUGGCAAUGAAGGCUACCUGGACCUGGAUGGUAUCAACGUUACUCAAAAAGCUAGUCCUGGAAUGAAUGUACUAGACACACACACAGAUUUUUUUGUUGGAGGAGUGUCUUCCUUAGACCUUGUUAAUUCAAUGGCAGUAGAAAAUGAACCCAUAGGUUUCACUGGUUGCAUUCGAGAAAUUGUUAUAAACAACAGGGAACUGAAGCUUACUGCGACUGAUCCCAAAGACGGAGCCAAUGUUGGUGACUGUGACGGAACAGUUUGCGGGUACUCAGUGUGCAAAAAUAAUGCAACAUGUCAAGUUGAAAACUCAGGCUUUUCUUGUUCUUGCCCACACGAGUGGACAGGGACCACAUGUGAACAAUCUGUUCACUGUUCACAAAACAUGUGUGGGUCUCAAGCGCUCUGUAUUCCUCAACCUUCUUCAUUUUCGUACACCUGUGUAUGUGCACUAGGCUGGUCAGGUAAGUACUGCGAUAGCAAAAUCAAAUUUUACAUAGCAAAGUUUGUUGGCAACUCCUACAUUAAAUACACAGAUUCUUAUUACAGAAAAAGAGACCUCCAGUACAGCCGCAUUUCUUUAAAUUUUACUACCAAUCAAACUGAAGGCUUAAUAGCAUGGAUAGGCAAAAGUGAAGAUGAAGAUAAUGACUUCCUUGCCAUUGGUAUUGCCAAUGCAACAUUAAAAGUUGUGGUUAAUCUUGGAGAAAGAAUCUCUGUUCCUCUAAUGCACAGAAAAUACAUCACCUGCUGUGACGGAAGAUGGCAUUUUGUUACUGUAGUUCAAAACCAAACCUGUAUUAAGGUAUAUCUUGAUGAGGAGCUAAUUCUUUUUGAAGACAUUGAUCCACAAAGAAAAUACACUGCUUUAAACUAUGGUGGCAUUUGUUAUUUUGGUGGGUUUGAAAUUGGCAGGAAAGUCAAUGUAGUCACCACAGGGCUUUUUCAGAAGGAAUUCAUUGGUAAAAUUAAAGAUGUUGUGCUCUUCCAAGAUUCCAAGAAGAUUCAGCUAAUGAAUGCAGAAGGGUACAAUGUUUAUGAUGGAAAUUCUGGAAAUUAAUUGAAAAAAUGUUCAAGACUCUGUAAAAGUGAUAAACUUCCUUUUCCUCCUGUUUCUUGUGUUAGUUGGCAGUGUAAUACUCAGAAACCAACAGAAGAAAGCUUUUCAUUAAGAAAAAAAAAGUAAUUAGGGACAAUUUUAUGUUGAGUAUUAAUAGAUAUAAGAUAUGUUUUACUCCUAAAAUUACUUACUUAUACUCUUUAGUAUUUACUUUAAAAUAAUGGGAAAGUCUGCAGGAUUUUUUAUUUAUUGUGCUGGAAAUAGUUUUGUCAACAAAUAGAUAGUAAUUAGCUUAUAAAGCCAAUCAUCAUUCAAGUGUUGUUUGUUGCUUUAUGAGAACAGACAACUGUUAACCUGUUUCUCCAACUCUCAAAUUUUAUUAGUGUUUCUCUUUUAAUUUUAUAAUAUUAAGGUCAAGUGUAAAAACUGAAAUUGGGGAAGGGAAGAAAAGGUGUGUUUGGGGCAAAAAGUACAUAUCUAUUGUAAUCAGAAUUUUUUAAAUCAUAACAGCUGUAAUUACUUGUUAAGCCCACAAAGAUCCUAAUUAGGUAAUGAAGUUCUCCCUCCCUUCUGAGUCUCUGUCCAUCCUGUAUGCAUUUAUGUAAAGCAGUAGAGCUUAGCAUGAACACGGGCUUAAAAUAUUACACUUAAAGAAUGAUUUUAAGAGCAGAAAAGGUAUUUCACUUCAGAGAGAUAAAAAAGGUUUGCUGGUUUUCUCCAGCAGAGGUCUCCCCCUAUUUGACUACAUGAAAACUUUUUGCUUUAACAAUUCACAACUGGAAUGUGGGAAUGUGGUAUUCUGUCUACAAGUAACUUCUACUCCUAAGAGCUUAAAAAUCAGAAAGUCCAAGAACUGCUUUGCUUUAGCUACACCUUUCUGGCUUAUAUGCCCCUAAAUAAUAUCAAAAUUUUACUAGACAAAGGUUUUGGUCAUAACAAACUGAAUUUCCCUGACUAUAUCUUUCAUUAAUUCAUAAUAUCAAAAGUAAAUAGAGCUCUUCAUCUAUAAAUGCAAAAAUUAUAUUCCCUCUGAAAAAGUUCAGUUAUAUUCUGCUUCAGGAAGCAAUAAAAAAGAAUCCAGUUUAUUUUAAUGUGCUCAAACCAAUGAUUUAUCUACAUCUACAUUUCUCAUUUGACUGCUGGCUUACUAUAUAAAUAAAAUGCUUCAAUAAAAAUAAUAGUGAUUGAUUCCUAUCUUUUCCUUUUUUACUUUUCUAUUGCUCAAAAGCACAUAAUAAAACAUCACCUCCUUGCAUGGGAAUUCUCUGAAUACGAGUUUUCAAAAUGUAAAAACAGGUCAGAAACAAGUAACUAUUCUGGAGUAGGGGGGAGGGAGGUGAAGGCAGGGUGUGUGUUUAUCUUUCCGUAAGGCAGAUAUGGAGCAGAGACAAUAAGCACCUAAAACUAGGUGACACACACCUGGCUCCAUAUAACCAUACUUUGUAUGUGGCAAUGAAUGCACUGCCAAGUCAGUUAACAGGCAACUUGAAGAUUACUGCUGUACACUUUGGCUAUGGAACUACCCCGAGAUGUUUUAUUAAGCAUCCGCAAACAUAUUUGUGAGGUUCUUUCUAUCUUCUGCUGCUGCUCUGAGGCCCCAAGUGAUCAGCUUGAUGCAGCAGAGCUUCUUCGCCUCUUCCCAACAGGCAGCUCACAAAGCCCAAUUAGCAUUUGAGUCGUCCCCAGAUUCUCUUCCAGUCUCUCUAAGUAGGGCCUUUUAUCACCAUGUGAUGCUGGAGAGGGAGCAUAUUUAGCGUUUGUCCUGUUCCCUCCAGGGCUUCUGGUGUACUGCCAGUUCCUCAGCAGUGCACACUGCCCUUUGUGAUCUGAGCAGUGAGUCAAGGUAAAACAAGGAACAAGUAAUCAAAGCAGUUCCAGCUAACACAAGUGUUGGAAGGAGACUGACUGAAGGCAACAGAGAAGAUAAAAUCCUUUAUUCCUGUAGUAACAGGAUUUAUUCCCAUUACACUAACUCAGAUCCUAGGAACAUGUCCUGCAAACUGUUGCUUUUUGUUACUUUAAACAUUUAACAAAACUCUCCCUUAAGAGCUGUUUUACUGCAGCUCUCUUUAGGUUCUACAUACAUGAGGCAGGUAGCAAAGCACUCAGCAAACUUGCAAAAUGUUUACAUAUUCUUUCCAAGCAAAUUAUUUCUGAUAGUUCUGGCAGAAAGCAUUCCCAUCCCUUCCGUCCAGGCAGUUGCAAUUUUUACUGCUCCCAGUUUAUUUUCAAAGCACAGAUGGAUGUGCGUGUGAGAGGCAGAUCACCAGUGGACUGGGAGUAGAGUGCUUUUGAACAGGUCAAAACAAAAUCUUCACAUGGAGAGCUGCCAAUUUAAAAAUUACUUCCAAAACGAGGACAAUGCUUAGAUAAACUCACGUGCCUACAGAACUCUAAUGGAAAUAUUUAAACAACAUAACACAUGCAUACUACCAGAUAUAUCCAAUGGCACUACUGCUAUAGAGACGAUAGAAUUAAUUUGGAAAAUACUAAUUUAAUUUGUCAUUCUAUAAAAAUGUUUAGAUAUUGCUUUUAGUUACUAACAAACUGAAGAUUUUUUUUUAAAUUAGUCUUCUCAACUAUGAGCGUAAGAAACAUCACCUAAUAAAAGUCUACCACCCCCUUUAUCCUGUGCAAGAUUUUUAAUUUUGAUCAAUUUGAUCACGAAGCUACCUGCAAGGUAUUCGAGUAAAAUUUUACUUUAAAAUAUAUUCAUAAUUAAAACUAACAAUUAGGGUGUUGCUAAACUGGGAAGACCUUUCUGGAGAGAAGAGGCUUUUCUACAGCUACGUGCAAAAUGUUACGUCAGCAGCAUAGUAAGGUUGUGUACUCAAAGCUAAAAAUAAAACGCUGAAAAACAGAACAAUAAAUCUCAAUUUUUCUUUAUAUGGUGGAAUUUUUUUGUUAUUUCUGACAGAUUCAACAAGAUGCCCAGUGUAUUUUAAGAAGUGUAAGAGUAGGUGACUUGAGUUGGUUUUCACGUUCGCAUUGUUUGGCAUCAGUGGAUGGUAAUCACUACAAAAUAUCAAUUUACCCCAAGUCCCAAAGGUAUAAACACUCUUCUGCCCCCUCCCACCUGUUUGUUCUCCAAAACUCAAAACAAACCAAGCCAUGAAGCGUACAACAAAUGUGGCAUUAUGUGAUUCAGCUUUCCAUAUUCUUUAGACUACAGUUUCACACCUAUGAAAUCAAACACACACAGUAUGUGAGAAAGUUUUAUCAUUUUAGAAUCAAAAUAUCCCUUAAAAUAUUUACAUUUUACAGUAAAAAGGAUAGCAAAACACAAAGUAAUGUACAAGCUUAGGUAUUCAAGUUUUUGAAGCAUGGAAAAUGGUGGGAGAAAUGAAUUUACUACUACAAAUCAUAUUUUCAAGAAUUUAGGUUAAAAAUGCUUUCUUAUUAAAACAAGUGCAGUUUAAAGCAUUAACAUUCGAGCAGCUCAGCCUUCCAAUUUCUGGUCACAAACUGCUUCAGAUGCUUAGGAAAUACUUGAAAACUAAUGAAAUACACUUGAAUUUUUUUACUGUACUACUGAAUAAUUUAAAAAAAACCCAAACUCUUCACACCACCAAGCAUAUUGUUUUGUUGUAAUGUGUGGAUUCUGAGGCUUUGCUACAGUCUUUAAAAACAGUGCAAUUUAAAAAGAAGGUUAUUGUAUGAAAAUCACCUUUAAAAUUAUCAGAGCAUCUUAAAACAGAAGAGAGCACAAAUUACCAAAGGCAGCAACUAUAUUGCAGACUUGACUAAAGCCAACUUCCUCAACUAACAAAAUUCCUAAGCCUUUAUUGCAUAUUAAUAAAAGAAAUCUUUAAAAUUUUGAAUAUACAGCAAUGUAAAAUUUUUAAAAAUAUUAAACUCCUACUUCUAGCGAUAGUUGGUAUAAUGAAAAAAAAGGAUGAGUAUUGGUACAUCGAGCGGUACCAAAACACAGACUUGUUUCUGCAAAACACCAACAUGGAAUAAAAAAGAUGGCACAAUCCUAGCAGGCUCUUUUUUUUAUACAAAGUUUUACGACAUUACUCUAACAGUUUAUUUAAAUAGGAUUUUAAAAGACUGCCUGCAUCUUUUUACCUUUUACUUUUAGUUCUGUCACUGUGGUCCCUAUGUCUCUCUCUGUUCUUUUCACUUUCUCGUUCUCUAUGCUUCUCUUUGCUUUUCUCCCUCUCCUUAUCUUUUUCAUGAGCCUGUUCUUCACUUUUAGGCUUCUCUGUCUUUUUUUCUGGAUUUCUAGUCUCUCUGGGGCUUUUUCCAUCAGCAGCCCUAUCACUGUGUGGAGACCGCACUCUUUCUUUGUCUCUCUGUCCUUCCUCUCUACUCUUCCUCUCUCUCUCUUUUUCCUGGUUUCUGUCUCUGCGUCUGUUUCUCUCAGAAUCUUGCUCCCAGUACUUUUCGUUGCUCCACUCUUUUUCAUGUCUCUCUUUUUUUUGGUGAUGGGUUUCACUGUAAAGCCUUUGUCGAUCAUUUUUUCCUCUACUGAACCCUCUCUCCAAAUGCUGUUCUUCUCUGCCCCAAGGAUCGCUGUGGCGUCUUUCUGGUCUCCUACUGU